UUAAGAAAUAUAAACAGGAAGAAGAUAAAUAAACGUGAUAAAGAAAUGUAUAUAGGAAGAAUGAUGUAUACUGGAAGGGAAUUAUACAAUAAAAUAUGUAGAAGGGAAGAGAUAUAUACGUACAGGAAUUAAAUGUCGGGAAGUGUAGCAUUCUGAGGUAGGCAGAAUAACCCCUCACACAAUUACUCCUUAAAUGACACUCAACUAUUUCUAAGGGUCAAAGAGGGGAUCAAUCGGGUUCUGAUGAGUGUUUCUUUGGGUUCAUGGUACAGAAGAAGGGUCAAAUUACCAUCAGGGUCAUAAAACUACUCCAGGAAAUGCCCUAAACUCCUACGAAAGCUUUGUCAAAUAUGUGAACUUGGGCGACGAAAUGUUUAGUAAUAUGGCCCUUAGGAGUUCUAGUGAGCGCGUAAGCUACAUGAAGGAAAUAUGUAUAGCCUACGAAGAUCUAUAGAAGUAAAGAAAAUAAAUAUACGAGAAGGGAUACAUAUGUGAAGAAAAUAUGUAUACCUUUGGGAAGAGUAUAUGAAUAGCCUACAGGAAGGAGAUCUAUGGAAUGAAAGAAGAUAUUUAUACGAAGAGAGUGAUGUGAAGGUGUGAGCUCCCUGGUGACAAAGUGAGAGUCCACCUCCACCUCCACCACCGCCCACCACCUCCACGUCACUCCACAAGCCUUUGAGUGAUUGCCCAGAUAAAGGAAUACUAAAAUCUCACAUGCUGGCCCGGUAACAGAGGCAAAAAUGAAUAAGCGAAACCAAGCAGAACAUGGCGGGGGUCGGACGAGCAUCAGGUCUCCCCUCCAACUCCUCCUCCUCUCCUUGUUCCUGUGCUUCCUUCCUUACCCCGGGGCCACGGCAAGCACCUCACCCACGAGUGCUACCCUUAGAAGAUCACCCACCAGCACCACCACCACCACCAGCACCUCAGGAAAUAAGACAAAAACCAGCAAUACCAACACACUCAACACCCAAGCACUGAAUAUUAGCACCAGCACCAGCACAUUCAAUCCCUCAGCACUCCAGGCGACAAGACCCAGCGUUAGCACCAGCACCUCAGGAAAUAAGACAAAAGCCAGGAAUACCAACACACUCAACAGCCAAGCACUGAACACUAGCACCAGCACAUUCAAUCCAUCAGCACUCCAGGCGACAAGACCCAGCGUUAGCAACAGCACCUCAGGAAUCAUGGCAAAAAACACUGAUACUAAUACUCUCAGCGCUCGAGCACUUCACAUCAGCACCGUCAGCAUAUCAGGAAUUCAGAAGGGACCCACCACCAGCACCACCAGCACCAUUAUCAGCAGAGGGAGGACGAGGACGAGGAUCCGCCGAGCCACAACCAAGAGGCAGAUUUGUCCCCCACCCGAAGAGGAUGUGGGGAGCCAAGGAGGGCCUCGCGCGGGGCGGAGGAAGGUGGCGUCCGGCUCACCUGUCCCCGCAAUGAAAGAGUGCGCGGAGAACCAGCUCGGCCUUGUGGUGGAGGCGGGGGCGACGGAGGCGUGUCGAAUCAACGUCUUGGACACCUACGAGUGUGACCCCAGACAGGCCGUGAUGGUGCUCGUGACGCUGGACGAGACGCUCCACUCUAACGGCAGCGUGCAGGCCCACCAGGUGGGUGAGGGCGGUGCGGUGGAGGUGUAUCUGAAGGAGGAGCAGCCCGGAAGUUACCGUCUGUACUGCAUCGACAACCUCACGUCGGAGUCACUCGUCAAGGUGUUUGUGGGAUUCGAGGUGCUGGACGUGGAGGAGUUCGAGUGCCGCAUACAAAGCGUGAACGAGCUGGAUUGUGUGUGGACGCUUCCCUACAACCCGGCACAGAAUGACAACGAUUACAGACCCUAUGUUUGCGUGGACCAGGAGAGCAAACUGUGUGACUGCAUCGACGGCUCCUGCGGCACCGAGGGGGACGAAUGUAUGAAGGAGUGCUGCAGCUGGGACGUCCGCGCGCUGCCCAACAUGACGGACGCCGCCGUGUCCAUGGUGUUCUGGGCCACCAAUCCCCUCAUGAACGACUACACGUACUUCAGGCACUCGUUCGAUCCCCUGGCGGUGGUGGUCCCCGAGGCGCCGCAGGAGGUGGAGGCGGCGGUGUCUGGCCUGGGCGUGAUGGUGACGUGGAGGACGCCCGCCGCCUUCCUCGCCUUCCCGCCGUGCCUCACCUUCCUGCUGGACCACCGCGACGCCGCCUGCCCCGCCUGCGCCUGGACCACGGACGCUACUGGCACCUGCUGCGCUCCGGAGUGUCGCAGCGCCGCGCGGCUGGAGCACUGGUGGCGCCGGUACGAGGUGCGUGUGCGCCUGCGCUCCGCCGCGGCGCCGCAGCCCGUGGAGGGGGACGGCUGGUGGUCUGACUGGCAGCCCCGCUACGUGAACACCUCGGCGGCAGGUGUGUAGGAUGACUCACGGCUUGAUCAUGCUCUGAACUCAAUUCUUUUAAUUUGUGAACAUUCUUCAUUGUAAUCACUGCAUGCUUCCUUCUUCAUUGCAAGUGUCCAUAAUUAUUUGUGGAAAGUUAUUUUUAUGGCAUCACUCGUGUGUGUGUGUGUGUGUGUGUGUGUGUGUGUG